CGUUUUGGCGACGAUACCGUCGAUGGAGGGAGAGGUGGGGAGAGGAGAGGAAGACAAGACUCUUCUUCCCUUAUUCUCUUGGUCGCGUCAUGGUCGUUGCCCAGAAGCAGCCUUCCUUGUGAACUCGCGUUGACUUUGACAUUCUGAUAAUCGGGAGACGCAGACCCGGCCAGAAUUCUCCAUUCUUGGUGAUGGGUUCUUCUGAUUCCGAGUCUACGAUUUAGGGUCUUCCUCUGCUGUCGGGGGAUCCGUCGAGAUGUUGCAGACUCGGACCGCUUCGGUGGUCCUUGCGUUGUUCUUGAUUUUCGCCCACCGGUCCGAUGCUAUUUAUCCUUGGAGGAUCCGAAAACUGCCCAGAAUUCUCGCGGACAUCGAACCUGCAGAGGGUGUUUCUCCGGCACCAAGUCCCAGUUCGGUUUUGGGUGGAACCAAGGGCUCGGGAAAGGAGGCUGACCCGACUGGUAGAGAGGGGUGCUUGGGGUCAUCAGAGGCCUGCCAUGUCAAGGACUUGAGUGCCUGCUUGCUUUAUGCUGGGAGUGCGCCGAAGGAAGCGUUUCUUGUUCUCCAAAACAGUGGGGAAAUUCCUCUAAAUGUGAAUAUCGUUUUCUUACCAGCAAACAUUACUUCUGAUAAGAUCCAAUUAGCCAAAAAAAACAUCACAAAGGUCAAUCUCACAGCGAAGGUUCAAGGAAGUUCUUCCAUUGUGUUGAAUGCUGGAAAUGGGGAUUGUGUGGUUCAACUGAAAUCUUCCACAGCAGGAGGCAGCUUUUAUAAGAAUUUCCCUUAUGCCUCGCAAGUCUCACCCAUUCAUGGAGUCUACCUCUUCUUUGCUGCAGUUCUUGUCAUUGGAGGAGUGUGGGCUUGUUGCAAGUUUGGGAAGAAAGAAAGGCAUGUUGAUGGUGUCCCAUACCAGGAGCUCGAGAUGGGGCGGACUGAGGCAGAUUCGACCUUGGCUGUUGAUAUAGAAACGGCCGAUGGAUGGGAUGAGAGUUGGGAUGAUGAUUGGGGUGACGAGAUAAGGGAGGUCAAGCCCCCUCCAAGUAAAAAACGGGUAGGGAAUGGAUCGCCAAAUGGCCAUAAGUCAAAGUCCUCCAACAAAGAUGGAUGGGAAGACAAUUGGGAUGAUUAAAGAUUUGUUAUUGGGUAGAUCGGGUCUUUUUCCAGUUUCGGCCCCCAUAAACACAGAUUUGGCUCCUCUACAUGUGAUUUCUGUAGCAGAGCUGCUGCUUUUGAUGACUCUGGUUGAAGUCUGGCUAUCCGGCGGCCUGUAUUAGCCUCACAUGGACCAUAACAUGUCACGAUUUUAUCCGGGCCAUCAACAGCACACCUCCCACUGAAAUCGACGCACGGAAAUUGAACAGUGAAGCUAUAUCCAUACAUACACGUAGGAAUGUUAAAGUCAAAGUGUUAUAGAAACAGGUGAAGUUUUGAUUUGUCUUUGUUGGCUUUUUUGUUCUUCGGUCCCUUCAAGAAUUGGGGAGGUUGAAUGAUACAUCUCAAAUUUUGGUAGUUACAAUGUCCCCUCUAUAAAUUCAUGGGGGAAUUCUUAUUUGUCUCAUAUGCUUUCCCUUUCAGAGUGAAAUCUAUUGUACUUAAAACUCUUUUCAAUGACCAAUUGAGCUUGCUUGUCUCA